UUUUGGACUUAUACCGAACAGACAAGAUACAGAGUUGAUAUAAACGUAGUAAUAACAAGUAACGGUGACAGCAGCGGAGAUAAGUGGCCUCUGGUGAGAAACAGAAUCGCAGUCUCACUUUCACCCACUGCUAAGCUGCCGUUUGUAGCUGAAUUUAACGUUGUAAAUUCAGCGUUAAACCACCAUCAAUACGUCAAGUAGAGCGAGUACCUACUUAAGCUCAAACAGCAGUACUCACUUCUCAUUUGACUGCCGAAGAAGUAAGAGUCAACAGACAAGUUAGUCCACUGCCCGUUAACGUACCGUAAAAUUAUGUGAAUUGUGAAAGUGACAGUUUUCCUCUGCAUCAUACCCUUUGGAUUAAUCGAAGAGUUUUUUUGCGAGAUCCGCCUGGCUGAUUAUCUAACUUGUGGAUUUGGGAUCGACCACUGGAAUUGCUAUUUUGUGGAGGAAGCCUCAACCAUUCCGAAAUGACCAGAAUGUUCCUGUGCCACUCUAGCGGAUUGACAUGAUGUAAAAAUCUCCAAAAUGAUAAGAAACAUCGUGCGUGAAAUUGUAUGAAAUAAGGAUAGUAAAACUUUCCCCAAUAUGAAGAUAAAUCUUUUAGUGCCCACUUUAAUUGUUACUAUCGGCGCCAUCACAGUUCCCACAGUAUGGCCAGAGAACCAAGAACUGAAACAUUUGAAACCCAUGGUAUACGGAAAUUACCAUAGAAAAAUAAUCAAUAAUAGAGAAGAUUUUAGUGUUUAUCCUCAGCGAAUAAGACUGCCUCAACAAUUCCAUUAUCAUAGGAGACCUCAGAAAAUAUCGAAGUUACCACCUGGUGUGCAACAUUUUCAAACGAAACGUAAGAAAUUCUACAAAAAACAUAAACCUAGAGAAAGUGUUUGGACUCCAAUAGUGCCUUACACUCUUAGUACAAAACAGGAAUAUGCACCUGAUAAAUCGACCAGUUUUAGCCAAAAUCCAAGAACUCACUACAAACCUGCGUCCAGUGAAUAUGUAACAAGUAGAAGCUCUCCUCUAUAUAAGAACUAUAGGGAUGAUAGGACCUACGAACCGGAAGAAACGAAUAAUGAUAGGCUAACAGAUUCUUCACCUGACAUCGAUAGACCCCAAAUAAAAGAGAGCGAUCAUGAGCAUCCCUCAGAUAUUCCAACAGUACCAGUUUAUCCUGGCGAGGGGCAAUGGGCCAAGCCAGGCAAGAAACACAAACCCUAUGUCAGUAAACAAACGUACUCUAAAUUAAAAGAAGAUUCAAAUGAGGAACCUGAGGGUUAUGAAGUUUUCUUGAAGGGUAAAAAACUGUACGAAAGCAAACAAGCAAAAUUCGAUGAAUCCCAAAGCAAAGAACAUCCAGAUUUCGGAAAUAGUGAAGAACACAGUGAAAAACAAAAGGACGAAUCAGAAACGGAGGAGGAAGAAGACUUCGUUCCUUCUACGAUGUACGUUCAAGUGAGAAGAAGUGAAAACGAGGAGCAUUUACCAAGUGAUUCAGAAAGCUCUGAGGGUGGAAGACUGAAGGAAGUCAUCAAGGAUUCCAAAAUACACACUGUGUACACUGAAGAAGGAUAUGAAGAUAGCGCGUAUGACCAUGCCGGUCACGAGAAGGAAGCAGAAGAUUCAGAAGGUUAUAAGGAGUAUAAAAAAGAAGAGAAAAAACUGGAGAACCCAGACGUUCAUGACCAAAACGGAGAUUCUAGUACAACGAUCUAUAAGAGAGCCAAAACGAACACACCGAAGAAGAAAGAAGUCACACCAAAGAUGAAGAAUAAAUUAUAUAAAACAUCGUCUACAAAAACCAUGAAACUAAAAGAAAAACCUGAUGGAACUCAAAUGGAAUUAACGAAUGAGAUUAAAACGAUAACCAAUCCUGAUGAUGAAAAGACUGAUAAAUUCGUACAAACCAUACCCACAGUUGCGAAACACCAGAAGAAACAUAAUCGGUCAGGAGAAUUGUCUAAUGAAGAAUCUACAAACGCCCCAAAAAGAAGAAGGAAAAGAUUCACUAACGAUAUCCCAAAAAUCAAUGUGAAAACCGAUUUCAUCAACGGUGUACUUGAAGGCGACCAUCAAAAUUUCAAUGUGCAAGAAGAAGAUAAUAAAUAUCCUUACUACAACUCGAAAUAUCUCAAUCCAAAUUCACCAUUGAGAUACUCUGAAAAUUUGAAAAAUAUUCCUGAAAAGACUGAUGGUCGUAUGGCUUUCUACGAGCAAGCUAAUAGAAUUCAGUGUCCAGAGGUCGACGAGGAUAUAGAAGCUAUUUCUGAAAGAGUCCAAGGAGUGGAAAAAUCAGUGAACAGUGGGGAGAAAUUGGAAGACAGUGAAGAGGCUGGAAAAUCCCCCAGACUGGGUAAACUGGGACAGAGAAUCGAUUGCUUCAAAAGGAAAUAUUUUGGCGAGAAUCCUCUCGAUAGUCCAUUUUUCAAAGAGAAAGAUAUAGAAACGGUGCCUCCGGUGUUCAAGGUUCUCCAGGAGAGGAGUGCGGGAUUCCAAGCUCAUCAUGUAAAGACCAAAGAACCCACAAAUAAUAAUUACAAAAAGAAGUAUCACAGUAAAUUCUCCAUAAGGACUCAGCCCUCUAGUAGCAUGGAGAAGCAGAACUACAUGGGGGAACUUGAUUCUGAUGAAAUUGUCAAUGAUGUGAGGAUUCACGAGGGAUUUCACAGAGUGAAACCGUCAACUAAGUCAACACAAUCUGUGAAUGAUGAACUGGGGAGCCCCGAAGUUGAGGUUAUCAAUGUCGAUACCUUCAAAAGUAUCAAUAGUUUCACAACAGAAUCAUCCCCUGUAAGCCUGAUAACAACACCAAAUUACUCAGUCAACAUAACACCGAAAUAUAUCUACGACCAAAUAAAGUUAUUAGAUUACUUACCAUCUACUGCUGAUACAUUCAACCCUACUGAAAAUCCUAGAAAGGGGAAAUUAGUGGAAGAUGUGACAGAAGCUUCGCAGUUGAAAAUGAGGCAGAACUUCAUACCGAGAAGACCAACCAGGAUGAGGAAGAAAAGACCACAUUUCGACGUAGACUCGUUCGUUCAAGACACAUCCCGUAGGGUGACUGUAACCCCCAACAGUUAUAAGACAGAAAACAAUGCAGCAUUUUACGACCAAACACCGCUGGACCAAAUGAAUGUUUUCGCAGAUGUCCUCAACAAUAUCCGGAAUGGUUCAAAUGAUCCACUUCGGGUUGAUGCUUCUACCUACGCGAAACCAAACCACUUCCAAAACACUGCCAUUAGAAUGAGGGUACCACCGAAAAAAAUUCGCAUCAAAGUACCUGAAUCCGUCAAAUAUUCAAAUGAAAUAAAGGCUUACUAUAAAACUACAACUUCACCCACAACUAUAAGUCCCACAACAAGCAAAUCAAAAAGGGGAUCUGUAAGAUACGCUAUCACCACAGAAAAAGAGCAGAACUAUGAUGAUUACUCAGAUACUGAAGAAGAUUCAGAUAACGACAGGAGGAAUAUUGUAGUGAAAACAUCCACAACUGGUUUUCCUGUAGAUGAAGCUGACAUAGAAGAAAAUGAAGACAGUGAAGUAUCUGGAAGUCAUACAACUGAAACUAUUCACAGAGCCCCAGUGAAGAAGGUAGCUGAUAUUAUUGGUCUGGUACCACCUUCCAAAUACCAUUACCGGACCAUUCAUCAACCAGUAGAAGAGUUGCUAACAGAACCGAUAGUAUCAGAGAGUGAGGUUGUUAAUAACUACCAUGUAUUGGGUAUGAAACCCCCAUCUACAAAGCAAAAAGUGUACGACUACAGCGAAUUCAAAAGACUUUUCGCGUCCAAAAAUACCAAUAACCACAAAUAUCAUAACCACCGAAGGGGUAAAAGAUCUCCUAACAGAAAAUCGUAUUUUGAAGUUGUUCGGGGAGAUAACUCAGAAUAUGAACAGUCAAAAUCACAAGAGGAAGAUGACGAUUAUGUUCCUCAUAGACCCAAGAAUUGGCAUUGGGAUGAAAAGUUGAAAAAAAUCGUUUACGACAAACCAAGAGAAGUAGAAAAUUCAGACAACGACGAUGAAGAGGAUGUGGUUGAAGAAACAGAGGUUGAAGACUCUACGCCCAGAAACAUCCAACAAACCACAACUAGAAGAUCGUUUACUAGUACGACACCAAUCAAUGGUCCUUCAUACGUCGAUUUCGUUAAACUCUUGAAGAGUAAACAAGAAUACGUGAGCAUUCCUGAUCCAACCACCACCAAAGAUGGCAUUACAAUGGAAGCAACCACUGCCACAACAACCACCGUCAAAACAGAUCCCACAAAACCUCCGGAGUUUCUUUCAUUCGUUUCAAAGUUGAGACAGAGUGAUUCUUACAAGCUCAUAGAGGAUAAAAACAAGACGAAAACGACAUCUACCACAGAGCUGCCAGAGGAGGAAGAAGAAGAAGAAGAAGAAGAAAUAGAAGAUACUGAGGCAAAUUUGAGUACCGUACAAAACGCUCCUGGAAGAGGCGCAGUAGAUAUUGGUCAUAAUUACAAAAUAUUUGAUGUUAACGAGUUUUUGCCGAAAGUUAAAACGUACUCGCCAAGAACUGAAAUCGAUUAUUCCAAAUACAAAACCAUUCAACGACCUCGAACUCAAACAACUACGCAAACCAGUGAAGUGAUGGAGGAUGGCACUAAGACUACGGAAAAACCAAAUCCUCCAUUCAAAAUAGAAGAAUUGGACGAAGAGCGUCCCAUUUCAUCUACCGAAGGACAACUUGAGAUAUUUGAGCUUAGCAGACCUACCACAGCUAGUACAACCACUACAGUAAGACCUGUAGUAACAACAACAAUUCAAAAAAUACGGAGGAGGAGACCAACAACUACCCAAAGAGCCAUCGUUUCAUCUGCAACGAACACGAAAGAAGAUGUUUCAAUGGCUACUCAUAAUAAAUCAAAAAGGUUUUACCCAAGAAAGAGAGCACCUCACAUCAGAACGAGGACAACAACACCGAAGAGCGAAGAGGAUGCAGCACCAGAAGAAUCACAGAAAAUUGUGAUAAGAAGGCAUAAUACGGUGGAGAGAAAUCCAAAAAUAGUUUCUCUAGAAUCAAUCAUCCAGUUGGAUCAAACGAAUAGAUCAGAUGCCAAAAUCAACAACAAACAUCCAGAUAAUAAUGUGGAUGAUGUUCUGAAGAAUAUAAAUCGUUUGAAAGAAGUGAGCAUUGAGGAAAUGGUAUCUGAUUAUUCGUUAGGUACCAGAAGCGAUGAAGAAGAUUUGGAUGGAAAAGAUGAAGAUUUUGAAGACGAUAAUACGAAAAUUGCUCUAGAUAAUAAUAGCACAACUGAUAAAAAACUUGUUAUUUCAAAGGAUAAAAAACAAGGAAAAUUUUAUUAUACUUCAGUUAGAUGAAGAUGUACAUAGAAUAUAUAUUUAAUAAAUUUUUUAAUUGUUUA